ACCAUAAUAGACUAAAAAAUUACAAAGAAAACAUGCAAAGCUUCAAAUCAGCAACAGCAGCAGCUCCAGCGGUAGUUACUCUUACCAACUCGGAUAUGUAUUGCCGUUCGUCCAUUUAUCUGAGGGGUCAUGAAGGUGGUGGUGGUAGAAAUUGGACAAACUAUGUGGAUCUUGGGGAGCUUGAGCAGUCAUCAUUUCACCAGGAGCAUGCUGUUGAUUUAAGCACAAGUUCGAUAUACAGCGACAUGAAGCCAAGCAAUGUUGUUGCUGUUAGUAAUUCUAGCUUACAGUUUGGUGGGCUUAACACGAAUAUGGGUUCUGGAGAGAUGGGAUCAUCAGGAGCUGUAGCGGAUACGGGGCAGUUCUUGAUGCAGAAGGGGACAAUGCUGAGUGUUGGAGCUGGUGGGACUUUGGGAAGUGGGAAUUUUGAGAACUGGGGAGAGUCUGGGAUGGCAGAUCACAGCCAACAGACUGAUACUUCUACAGAUGUUGACACUGAUGAGAAAAGCCAGUUUCAUGGCGUUCGCCGUGGAACAUUAGUAGGCAUGGAUUCAAUGGAACAGUCAGGAGAGAGAAAUGGAGACCAGAAGACACUGCGAAGGCUGGCUCAAAACCGAGAAGCUGCUCGAAAGAGUCGAUUGAGAAAGAAAGCAUAUGUUCAACAGCUGGAAAAUAGUAGGCUUAGACUUACACAACUGGAGCAGGAGCUCAAACAAGCACGGCAGCAGGGUGUACUCAAGGCUAGUGGAUACACAGGAGAUCAGUCUAUGAGUGGGGCUUUGGCAUUUGACAUGGACUAUGCCCGCUGGCUUGAUGAACAUCAAAGGAUGAUUAAUGAUCUCAGAACAGCUGUCAAUUCUCAACUGGGAGAUAAUGAACUGAGGCUAAUUGUUGAUGGAGUAAUGUCACACUAUGACGAAAUAUUCAGGCUAAAAGAUAUUGGCACUAAGUCAGAUGUAUUUCACAUGCUCUCUGGCAUGUGGAAGACUCCAGCAGAAAGGUGUUUCAUGUGGUUGGGCGGAUUUCGUUCAUCUGAGAUUCUCAAGAUACUUGGAAACCAUCUUGAACCUCUGACAGAUCAACAGUUGAUAGGCAUCUGCAAUCUGCAGCAGUCCUCCCAGCAGGCUGAGGAUGCCUUGUCUCAAGGAAUGGAAGCUUUGCAGCAAUCGCUUGUUGAGACACUUUCGUCUAAUUCCCUUGGUCCAAGUGGUUCUACUAAUGUGGCUGAUUACAUGGGACAGAUGGCAACUGCGAUGGGUAAGCUUGCCAUGCUGGAGAACUUCCUUCGUCAGGCCGACCUCCUGAGGCAGCAAACUUUGCAGCAAAUGCAUAGGAUACUGACCACUCGUCAAGCUGCUCGUGCCCUCCUUGUCAUUAAUGAAUACAUGUCGAGGCUUCGGGCACUUAGUUCUUUGUGGUUAGCACGCCCUAAGGAUUGAUUAGAUGCCGUUAUCCUAGCUGUUAUUUUACAUAUUGCUAAUACUAGUGGUCCUGAAAAUAUGCAAUAUUCUCAGAAUGUUAUCCAUAUUCCCUGGUGAUGUAGAAAAUUGUAAUUCCCCACUGUUAUUUUCUGGCUCAGUGAA